UACAUAGCUAGCACAUUACUACAUUAGUCUAAGCACACAGCCACUUGAACAGCACACACACAUCCUGGACGGUUCAAUUUGGAUUUACUAUGAACUUUGCUAUUGAUCAUCCUGAAUUACAGAAGCCGCCUCCUUUUAUGGAUUUUUCAAAUAUGUCACCGUUAAGUCAUCAUUAUGCACCUUAUUAUCCAAGAUGUGGUGUAACGCCACCAAGAAAUGAUUAUAAUAUACCAAGUUACGGCAGUAGAAUGAACUUUCCAUUACAAGUGAAUCAUCUUGGACCACCAGCUCCGCCAACUUCUCAUGCAUAUCUUCCGUAUGUUUCACGAGAGAUGUAUGAAGAUCAUUCCGACGAACCAAGAUUAAACAGUAAAGGCAAGCGUCCUCGAAAACCAAGAACAAUUUACACUAGCUUUCAACUUCGUGAACUAAACAGAAGAUUUGAACGAACACAAUAUCUUGCAUUACCAGAAAGAGCUGAACUAGCGGCAAGACUUGGCCUCACACAAACACAAGUAAAAAUCUGGUUUCAAAACAAAAGAUCUAAAGUGAAGAAACAGGGUAAAAAUGACGGUGAAAUAACUCCAGAGGAAAAACCACUCCAGAAUGUAAACACAAAUAACUUAUGGAACAAUAACAUAACAAAAACCGAGAACGAUAUUAAUUCAUGUUCCCCUGACUCGGAUCCUUGGUCACUAGCACAUACUCCAUCGAUAGACUAUCCAGCAUUUCAAUCGCGACAUUAGAGAAAAAUUAUUAAUUUAUAAACAGUGUCUUAACUAGUGUUAUUUAUUGACUUUAAAUCAUUUAAAGUAUAUAAACAUCAGCGAAUUACCGUUUUCUCACAUCAACUGACCAAUUUUUGGUCGUAAUUCGGCGAGAACCAUUCUCUGCACUCGUUGUAAAUAUAUUAGAAUAAAGAUAUUGAGCUAACUUUAAUAUUGCUGAUAUGACAUUGUUUAUAAAGGACGGAGAAGAGCACUUAAAAAGUGAAGUUUCUGUCGUGAUCAAUGUCGACGUUACUUGAAUGAACAAUAAGACAAUAACAUUUGUCAAAACUUUAACUAAUCAAGCAACAAAAUAAUUGUAUGUAGAUGUAGAUAUAUUUAUUAAAGAGGAGAGUGAUGAUUCAAAUGAAAAAUAUAUCCAAACUCACAAAA